UUCUGGUUCUUGUGCAUAACGGGUGUAAAACCUAAAGUAAGAGUCCAUUAUCAGGCCUAACAAACACAGUGCCUUCUUGUUAUAUGAGGACCCAAAGGCGGCCUAGGGUUAGCCCAUGCCUUUCCUAAAUACUCUUCUUUCCUCGUAGCCAAUUCUAGUUCUGCGACUUUUGCUACUGCUGCCAGAGAGACAUGAGACUCCUCACUCACAACAUGCUGUCCUCCAAUAUCAAGGGAGUAGCCAACGGUUUCCCUCUUCGAAUAGAAGUGCAGAAAGUAAUUGAAAAGGAAGUAGAUUUCAAUCCCGAUUUUUUGAAAAACAUGUUCUCAAAAAUCGAAUGGAAAGCACUCGUCGACGCGGCAAGAACCAUGGGAUAUACUGAGUUGCCGGACGCGGCGGAAUCGUCGAUGCUCGAGUCGGAGGAGUUUAUGAGGAAGUUCCAUCACGCGCUUUUAGAGGUUGAUCUUGAAGAAGGGGCUUUGAUUUGCCCUGAAACUGGUCGUAAGUUUCCUGUUAAUAAAGGGAUUCCUAAUAUGCUUCUUCAUGAAGAUGAGGUGUAGAUUAGGAUUUUGGUUGUCUUGAAGGAGAUUUGUGUUUUUUUUUUUUUUUGUGGUUUAGAGAUUUGAGUGAUGGAUUUUCCUGUAUCCCAAGUAUAAAUAUAUUGGAGGUGUCUUCUAUGA